CACCAUGCUCUCCCUGCUCCGCAGCACUUUGCCCCUGGUCCCCGGUUCCAGCCGCGCCAUGUCCGCCGUGUCCCUGCUCGUCUCCCCGGGCCGCUGCCUCUUUGACGACCCCCUGCGGCUCCGGGUCCGCGGUCUGAGCCCCGGGCAGGACGUCAGCCUCCGCACCGCUCUGACGGACGAGGCCGGCCACCUGUUCACCUCCGUGGGCCUGUACCGAGCGGACAGCGGCGGGGAGCUGGACUUCAGCCGGAGCCCGGCCCUGGAGGGCGGCAGCUACACCGGAGUGGAGCCGGAGGGGCCCCUGUGGUCCCUGGAGUCCGAGACUCCCCUCAGGAGGCUGCUGAAGAAGGACGUGCAGAGCCCGCUCCAGCUCCGCUUCUCCCUGCACCAGGCCCACGACCCGCCCGGGGCUCUCCUAGCUGCUGCCGCCCAGGAGAGGGGCUUCAUGGGGGAAGGGGUGACCCGGGUGCCGGUGCGGGAGGGACGGGUGCGGGGCAGCCUCUUCCUGCCGCCCGGACCCGGCCCCUUUCCUGCCAUCAUUGAUCUUUAUGGAACUGGUGGAGGUCUGAUGGAGCACAGAGCCAGCCUGUUGGCCAACCAUGGCUUCUUGACUAUGGCGCUGGCGUAUUUUGAUUAUGAUGACCUUCCAAACAGCCUAGGAGGGCUUCACCUGGAUUACUUUAGGGAAGCACUAGAAUUUCUAAAAUCCCACCCAAAGGUUAACAAAGAAAGAAUUGGAGCUAUUGGUCUUUCAAAAGGUGCAGAUUUGGUUCUCAUCAUGGCCGCUUAUCUUCCUGGGAUCAGAGCAGCUGUCAGCAUCUGUGGCUGCAGUGCCAACUCUUUUGCCCCUUUGUCGUGUGGUAAGUUUACCAUUCCAUGUCUUGGAUUCAGUGCCGAGAAGGUUAAAUUCACAGAAGCUGGCGCGUUAGACUUGUCAGAAUCCAUGGACGAUCCGCUGGACCCGGCAAAUUGUGAGGCUCUUAUUCCAGUAGAAAGGUCCUCGGCAGCUUUUCUAAUUUUGAGUGGAUCAGACGACAAAAACUGGCCUAGCGCCACAUAUGCUGAACAGCUGGUUGGCCGACUGAGAGAGCAUCAGAAGGAUGUGGAGUCUAAGUGCUAUCCUGGAGCCGGACACCUACUGGAGCCCCCUUAUUUUCCAUUGUGCAAGGCUUCCCAUCACAAACUGUUGGGUAUGCCGAUAUUGUGGGGAGGACAAACUAAAGCACAUGCCAAAGCUGAGGAACACGCCUGGAAAAAAAUCCAAACUUUUUUCUCAAAGCACCUUAAAGGGACAAACACUGUGCAGAGCCACCUCUGAGUCACAUCUAAAUUUACCUCAUUAAUAGUUAUAAGCUAUUUGCAGUAGCUCUGAAGACACCGCUCAGAGGGAUCGAUUACUUUGUACCAUGACUGUACUUGAUGGCUGACAUGUGACUAUGCAGGUGAUCGAAGUGCAAUAUACAAUUCACGCAUAGUUAAGGGAUAGCCAUAGUGUGACAAAAUUCUUAGAAAGUCUAAUUUAUUCAGUUGCAGACCAGAUUAACUUGAUUUUGCUAUUAAUGGUUUAUUCCCAUCUCAUAUCCACGCUAUGAAUGUCUGUUAGAUGUUAGUCCCACCCCUGGCAUCCACACACAUCUCGAGAAUAGGGCCCCCCCUGACCCUGUCUGUCAUGGAUGCGUUAGCGUAGCUCCCAUAUAAGUAGAUGAAGGUUAUGAAAACUGCGUAAAACAGCAAGAUACUUAUCAGAAGUUUCGGAAACAACAUACGGUAACUUGUUGUGCUAUAUUGUUUUGUAACUUCAAUUCCCUUAUGUGGGUGUUUAUUGAAACAGCGUAGCAUUUUCUGCAGUUCCAACUCCUAACCACUUUUGACCGCCACAACUACUAGUUCAUCUCCAUAAAUUAGAGCAUCAUGAAAAAGUUAAUUUAUUUCAGUAAUUCAAUUCAAAAAGUGAAACUCCUAUAUUAUAUUCAAGAGCUUAUUUAUUUUAAUGUUGAAGUCUGCCGUGCUGGCGGAAGUCCGCUCCGGCC